UCCCAUGCCUCCUUAAUGCCCCGCGCUGCUGGCCUUGCUGUGUUACAUCGACUCAGAACUUCUCAAGCCACAGUGUGCCUCUCUGCUGCUCCAACAGAGCCCGUCACCACCAGCAGCUCCGAAAAGUUCAUGAACCACCCAGCUCCAGCCAACAGCCGCUACAAACCCACUUGCUACGAGCAUGCUGCUAACUGCUACACACAUGCUUUCCUCAUUGUUCCUGCAAUUGUGGGCAGUGCCCUUCUCCACCGACUUUCCGACGAUCGAUGGGAAAAAAUAACAGCAUGGAUCUAUGGCAUGGGGCUCUGUGCACUCUUCAUUGUCUCUACAGUGUUUCACAUCGUUUCUUGGAAAAAGAGUCACUUGAGGACAAUGGAGCACUGCUUUCACAUGUGUGACAGGAUGAUGAUCUACGUCUUCAUUGCAGCAUCGUACGCACCGUGGUUAAAUCUUCGUGAGCUUGGACCUCUAGCAUCUCACAUGCGUUGGUUUAUCUGGCUGAUGGCUGCUGGGGGCACUGUUUAUGUAUUUCUCUACCAUGAAAAGUAUAAGAUCAUUGAACUCUUCUUCUAUUUGGCCAUGGGAUUUUCUCCUGCUCUGGUAGUGACGUCCAUGAGCAACACGGAAGGCCUGGCAGAGGUGGCGUGGGGAGGUGCGAUCUACUGCCUGGGCGUGGUGUUCUUCAAGAGCGACGGCGUCAUUCCUUUUGCCCACGCCAUCUGGCACGUCUUCGUGGCCACGGCGGCCGCGGUCCAUUACUACGCCAUCUGGAAGUACCUCUACAGGAGUCCUGCGGACAUUCGUCACUUGUGAUCUGUCGGGGGGCAGAGCUGCACGGGGCCUUGUGACAGUAUUACUGACUUCAGGAACGGGGGGAAAUGGCCCAGAGAAACUGCACUGACUGUGGUAGUUCUGUGAACACGAUUACUGUGAACUGCUGUGCGCGUGUCCUGGAGUUGCCCUUCAGAUGGCGACGCUGUAACUGACAGAGGAGCUGUGCUGCAGUACUCAGAGUCCAUUCCAUGUGAGCAGAACUGGCUACCUGAUGUUUACAAAGAAAUUUUGUAUUCUAGUUUACCUUUGUGAUUUUUUAACAACGUGAAUUUUUCUAAAUGAACGAUUCCAAUGAAGUCAGUGCAAUAGUGAAAACAGAGCUCUUGAUUUGAAAUCGGUUUCUGUCACCUUUCCACUAGCAUUUGUUGAACACAAACACAGGUGAACGAUCUCCUUUCACCACCUAUCAUCUUGAUAUGAUGUGACUUUUAUAGAAACUUCUGGGGGCUUUUGUAAACUUUAGAAGUACACUUAUUGAGCUGGAAACAAGCAGCUUCAUCUAUGCAGUUACUCAUAUUGCAAAACCUUGCAAGAAAUGGUUACAUUCCACAUACUGUACUGACAGGCAAACAUGGUACCUCUUCCAAGGGUUGGAGCAUAGGUGUAAUUAUAACCACUUUUACAAACUAACGCAUAAAUGCUCUUCUGCUGAGUUUUAAUGUGCUAUUGUUGUGCUUAUCUAUAAUACCACUUAAACAGCACCUUAAUUUGGCUUUAUCUGUGAUGGAAAUGAAGCGUGUUGGAAGAAAUUGGCAUUAAGUAGUUCUUCAGGAUUGCCAGUCUGCCUCGGUGCUGUGCAAUAAAUAGGGCAGCAGUGUGAGGAAGCCAGCUUAUCAGAGAGCAGCAGCGUUAAUGAGGGCAGUCGACUAAUUCGCCUCCCUGCAAAACAAAGUUGGUAAUUUCCCCAGAGCAUGGACAUUGGUGCUGGAAUAUUAAGGCUCCAGUUUUUCGAAGGGAUUCUAAACUGGCUGACAAAGACAGUUCCCAGCAGCUUUCCCUGCGGCUGUGGCUGAUGUGUGAGGAAAUGCAGGUCAGAGCAGCAGACAGUAGUGGCCAAGCAGGGGGAGUCCAUGGCUGUUGGCUCUCCUCAGCACAGCCUUCUAGGAAGGAAAGGUGAAAGAACUUGAUGCAGUGUCACUUGUCAUUCUGGGACUUAAAACACAGAAUAAAACUGGUAUUUACUUGUAUUUCUGUCCUUCUGUACAGGAAAAUAAAAUGUGGUAGAAAGUCAUGACUGUAGAAUGUGCGUUAAAUGGCCAGAUGUAGAAGAGUCAUUGUAAUACUGUUUAUCUGAUAAUUGUUCUCUGUCCCACUAUAUAAUGAAUGUCUUAUAUUAAGAUUGACUUGAUCCUUUUUCUAAUUUUCUCAGUUUUUCAUGUCAGUAUUUGAAAACAAAACCAAAACGUGUUGCCUUUUUCAGAUUUCGUUCUGAACAUUGCCUAUCUAUCUGCCACUGAUGAGCAGCAAGGCAGGGGCGUUUUUCAAGGUACCACUUAAUACUGCAGCUAGAUUUGCCGGGGGGGGAUGCACAAUUUAAGGUAGAUUCUUCUGUAAACAGAAUUUAGAAGAGGGACAAACUUCAUCUUCAAGGCACUGAAGAGUUGUGCAGUGUUAGCAGGCUGAGCAGCUGCCCCAUGGCUACGAGCAGGGCAGCGGGGCAGGUAAUCUGUAGUGCUCACACAUUGGGAUGCCUCAGUUUUUUUAACAUUGUGUCUACUUUAGGAUUUUUCCACUUGGUGAUUUCAAACCUUUUGUUUAAACGCAGUACUGUUAAAACCACUAAAACACACGUAAAGGUUUCCUGUAGUCUAAAGUGAAACCAUGGCUUGAAUACGUUUGAUUUAAUUUUUCAUGGCAUUGCUUUUUGGAGUGUUUGAAAUGGUUUUUAAAGAUUUCAAUUCGCCAAAAAUAUUUUGAAUUACUGUAAUCUAGUCGAUAUGAUAUUGAAUGUACUAAACUAACAAUAAAUAUUUUGUGCAAUUUGGAAA